AAAAAAAUAUCAUCAGUCAUGGCGGAUCAAAAGAACGGGAAGGACGUACCAAACGUCGGGGAGGGUGACUCUGUUUCGAAAGAUGUUGUUUAUCUUGAAGAAACAUUUUACAUUCUUUCUAAGAAGAAUUCCGUAUUUCGUGUUCAGCUCACGUCCAAAGGUUUAACUUUAACAAAGGAAACUGACGGCAACUCAAAGGAACAAACAAUAUUGUUGCGGGAUAUCAUUGGUAGUAAAUGCAUGAGGAGUAAGAGACGACGCCCUGGAGCCGGCUCUUGCGUCUGCAGCUCCUUCGUUGGUAACAACCAGCUCAAAGUAGUGGACGAGAACAGUGGCGAUCUCGACGAAAAUGAUAUCAGUGCAUACUUAUAUAUUUAUGCUUACAUACUGAAACGUAGUCGCCGCACUCUUAAAAGAGAGAGAACAACAAUAACAUUGCGAUUCAGGUCUUUCGAUAAAUACGAAGAUAAUAACAGAGAAGCCCAAAAAUGGAGAACCACCAUAAAGUGUUUGAUAGCAAGUCUGCCGAUUACGUAUUCGCCGCCGACUAAUGAUAAGAAAGUACUUGUCCUUCUAAACCCGAAAUCAGGUCCGGGCAAAGCGAGAGAGUUGUUCCAGUCAAAAGUGGUGCCGAUACUGCAAGAGGCGGAGGUACCUUACGACCUCCAUGUUACUAAAUAUGCUCAGUAUGCACGUGAGUUUGUGCGCACGCGAAAUGUGUACGGUUGGCGCGCAAUUUUAGCAAUCGGCGGCGAUGGCGUGUUGUUUGAAAUCAUGAAUGGCAUGUUCGAGCGACUGGACUGGCAACAGGCAUUGGCAGAAGUUCCUCUUGCCAUUUUGCCAUGUGGAUCUGGCAAUGGCCUGGCAAGAACUAUCUGUCAUUUGUAUAAUGAGCCGUACAUUCCGCAAAACCUUACAGGACUUUCGAUGGCUAUAGUUAAGGGUCAAACAGCGCCCAUGGAUGUCGUCCGAAUUGAAACGAGAACCAAAAUUAUGUUUUCGUUCCUAUCCGUGGGCUGGGGCCUGCUAUCGGAUAUAGAUAUAGAAAGUGAAAGAUUACGCGCUAUCGGUGGACAGAGGUUCGCAGUGUGGGCAGUCGCGAGACUCGUCGGACUGAGGACAUAUAAAGGUGUAGUCAGUUACGCGAAAAUAAAGGAUGUGAGUAAUCUGCCUAAACCAAAACAACCGCUCACCCUCAGUCACAGCAUCAGUCAGGACGGCGCGCUCGACUCCCCUGAUGCGGAAGCGUUCAUUGACUGCGACGAACAUUCCGAAGUGUUCGUAAACGCUGUUAAUGGAAAACAACAUCAGAGGGUUGAUUCGUGGUACUCUGUGAACUCGCGCAGGAGUGCGUUCUACAGCACGCGCGGGUCAGAGUACCACAGCGUGACGAGUGAAGGCUCGGAAAUGCGGUCGCCCGUUCACGCGUGCAUGCACGGACCUGCUUCACACCUUCCCUCGCUCAUGUCCCAGUUGCCUUCGCAAUGGGUGCACGAGGAAGGCGAAUUCGUUAUGGUCCACGUCUCAUACCAACCCUACAUCGGCGAAGACUUUCUGUUCGCGCCGCGAUCCCAGCUAUCCGACGGUGUCAUGUGGAUGUUGAUCAUAAAAGCAGGCAUACCCAGAUCUCAGAUACUUUCGUUCCUAUUGGGUGUGGGCCAAGGUUCCCAUGCUGAUUUGAACACUGAACAUAUUAAAAUGGUACCAGUGAGUGCGUUUAGAAUAGUACCAGAAGGCACCACGGGUUAUAUCACGGUCGACGGCGAAGUCGUCGAGUAUGGACCCAUACAGGCUGAAAUAUUCCCCAAUAUAGUAAAUUUAUUAGUGCCGGAAACGAAAUAACAUCAAACUAAAAAAGAAAAAGGUUUUCUUAAAGUGACUGAUGUAUAUAAUUUAAAGUUUGAACCAUAGCCGAGCCGACGUAAGUGCAAUACCAAGGAAUAAUAUCGUUCCAAAUAAAUCUGUAAAUAUAAUGGUUGUGUGAGAAAUUAUAUCUAAAUUAUUAAAUAUCUACUUACCAAAAGUUUAAUCGCAAUAGCAAUUAAGUUGAUCAUUCCAUGAAUGUUGUGAUUUAUGUUAUACAAUUUGUUUUAUAUUGGUUCAAUAACUAAAAAUGUGAUAUAAUUUUAUAAGUGAAUUGUAAAAUCUUACAUGUGAGCAUAUAUUAGCUAGUCAAUGCUUACAAGUAUACAAUGAAAUAGUGCCAAAUGUAUGCACUCUAAACACAUUCACUUUGUACUCCAAUAAGGAAUUGAUCAUUACACUAAUUUUGCUCAAUUGUAGAGCAAUUAUUUGCACCUUGAUUCCUGUAUUAAGAUGUUGAGUUACAGCAAUCAUGUUACUUAUAAUAAAACUAUUUUAAAGAUGUAUUACUUAUCUAAUAUAACAUAGCAUGUAGCUCAAAGCAAGUUUUACGAAUUAUAUAAUACUUUUUAAUUGCAUUUUAAUGUUGAAGAGAACAUAAUUUACAAUCUCUUAUUAGCAUUGUAUCUUGAAUAUUUUAGACAAUCACUCUGAUUAUGCAGCUUAAGGUUUUAUAUUCUACUAAGUGAAAAGCAAGUUACUAAAGAGAAUGUUGCAUGUAAUAACUAGGAUAUAAACAUCACCAAUUGCAAUGUGGGUAGAUGAAUAAAAUGACAGCUUGCCAUAUCUAUAGAGUGGGGAAGAUGAACUUGCCGUUAUUGAUACAUUCAUGGCCUGUAGGAAACGGGAUAACUAUUUGUGUACUAAUUAGUUAACUUAUUAAAUAAUGUUUAAAUGGUUUGGGACUGCUGGUAUAACUUAAUAUAAUUUAUUUAGCAGUAUUAAUUGUUAUAGCAAUUAUUUUUUCUGUGAUAAUAACUAUUCUGCCAUAUUUCAUUUUUUGAAUAUUCCGGUAUAAAUAUGUAAAAUGUACUGUAUACUGUAUAAGAAUGAGAACUGUAGCAAAAACCCCAAAUCAAACUAUUACAUAAUUAUUAAAGUAAAUAUUAUGUGAUUUUCUCUGUUAUGUCCAUUUUAUAACUAAAGGUACAAUGUACAAAAUACAACUACUGUUGUCUAUAGAACUUAGAAGCGUGUUGAAUAUUUAAGAUUUCUUGUACAUAUAAAGUCUGUAAUGACAUUUCUAAAGCAUUCCAAGACAUUUUUCCAUACAGCUUCUUGUGUUCUGCACAAAUCAGUUAUGUUUUAUAGUGUUAUGCAGCACAGUAAAUAUAUUUUAGUAAAAUACUGGAUUACAAAACCUUUUUUUGUACAUUCCUUUUUUUGUGGGUAUAUAUGAAAACUUUUUAAACUUAUUGAUUGUAAUGUAUUAGAUUUAAAAUACAGUAGCUUAUUAGCAAAUUUUAAUGGAUAAAGUUUUGAAUAAAAGUUAUAUAAUUUUCAAUUUUAUGAAACUGUUGUCAAUAAAUCAUAAAUAAAA